AUGUCUUCAGGAUCCUUCAAAGACCUCACCAAGGCAAUCCAUUCCUCAAUCUCGAAACCUUCCCUUCCACUACCAGACGACCUCGUCGAGAUAAUUCACGCGUACCUCGAGAAACACGAUGAAUCCGAUUCUCAGCGUCUGCAAGAAGAGCUCCUCAAUACUUACGAUUCGUACAUCCUUGAUAAAGCUUCACGCUUUGCGACCUUCCUUGCAAUCCUCCGCACACUCAAGCCUGCUCUUCGCGGAAAUGGCAGAAUGUUACAGUGGUGGGACAAGCUUUCUACGCCGGUAUUGAUCAACUUGGGACAAGAAAAGGGUCUGGCAGUGGAAACGCGAGAUACACUGCUAGAGAUCCUGGCGUACGAUGAGGAUGACCCCGAGAUCGAGGAUGCAAGGUUGACGAGCAAUGUUAUGGCCCAUAGCUUGGUGGAAACUUGGUUGGAGAAAUCUAGAUUUGCCUCUGAGGAAAUGGACAACCAUGAUCGCUUUGUACAAGAACAGGUGCAGUCGAUCUUGCUGGCGUUUGGGAAGAAACGUCCACAGGAUUUCUUGAAUACGAUCAACAAAUACUUUGUGAGUAAAGACAACAGAAUUCUUGCACUCGCUCUGCUCAGCGAAUUCAUACGCUACCAACCUCCACAUCUACAUCUAAUUCUCCAAACUCCUCUGUUCGAAAAUCUCCUUCGAUGUCUUCAAACAGAUACAUCAACUAGAGUUAUAACUUUAGCUAUGACACUUUUGAUAAUGCUCUUACCCCACAUACCCAGCUCCAUGUCCAGAUAUCUUCCUCCACUUUUCAAUAUAUACAGCCGAAUGCUAUUCUGGGAUCGAGAGCGUAGGAGUCCGCAAAAGGAGAUGCAUGAUAGUUCCGACGAAAAAGAUGAACCCGCCCAGCAGCCUGUAGAAGCCGACAAGUCUUGGGAUAAGCUUUCGUAUUUGCUGGAGUCAGAUGACGAAACAGUUCCAGAGCUUUUACAUUAUUUCACUUUCUUAUAUGGACUCUAUCCUCUCAACUUCAUGAGCUAUAUCCGAAAGCCUCAACGAUAUCUCAGGCAUGCGAAUUUCCCAGGUGCAGAUGAUCUCGAUAUCGAGCCUACGGAGAUCAGGCAACGAACAGAGCCGUUCAGACAGGUUCAUCUCAUGCACCCCAACUUCUUCACAAUGACCAUAGAAUGUGAACUCAAGGACCAUAACCGCUGGAUGCCAAUUGAGGCAGCAGAUGUUGUUGCUGAGUGCAUGGCUUUAUACAAUCCGACGGAGGACCAUCCCAUGUAUGCAUCAAGAUCAAGAGGCAUUGCGAGAAAAGCCGAUCCCAAUUCAGACAUCCCGGAACAGUCGUUACUGGCUAACGAGGAUGAUACACCGUUCCAAUCUCGACAUCACAGCUGGAGGAACACGCAGUCUACAGCCGUAGCGUCUGCAGACGGGUUUCGAGGCUCCGGUCUUCACAGGAAACUUUCACAAGCCAGUCAAUCCAUGCCCUCAAUUGCCGAUUCUCAAAGCAUACACGCUUCCGAGCGACUUGAUAGUCCAACAUUGCCAGCAACGAUGCUAACUUCUCCGACUCACAACCAACUCCACGAUCUAUUAAACGGCGCCAAGCCUGCUCGUACCAGUUUCUAUCAAGCACUUACUAACGAUUCGGUUGCAUCACUGGCUCUUUCGAACAACAACGAUGCCAGUUCUAUUCAUGUAGAUGCAUACUUAGCUUCGCUGUCUCGCGACACAAUACCCAGAUCCCCAGGUCUCCAGCCCGCGAACGCAGACCCAAGCCUCAAAGUCGCCUACCUUCAUCGCGAAAUCCAGCUGCUGCGUAACGAUUUGAACUUUGAGCGAUAUCUGAAGCAACAACAUCUCUCACACAUAGGUCAGCUGCGAACGAAGCAAAUUCGAGAAGCGAGAGUCGAAGCCGAAACCCAGAAUCUGAUUAACGGGAAUCGAGUCCUCAAAUCUAAACUUGAAGAAGCCAAACGCUGGAACAUGCAAAUCAAAAAGGAGACCGAGAAGAGCAAAACGCACUCUAGGAAUUGGGAGAGUGAUCUGACUGCCAAGCUGAAAGUCUUGAGGGAAGAGCAGAAGAAGUGGCAUGUUGAGCGGGAUGAAUUGAAGGGGGACUUGGAAAAGGCCAAAGAACGCACCGAGAAGCUGAAGCAGUUGGUGAUUAACAGUGAAGCGAGGGAGCUGUCUUCGAGACAAAAAAUCCAAAUCGUGGAAGCAAGUCUAGAUGAGUUGGAGCGUUUACGAGGCCAGGUCGAGAAGCUGACACUCUCGGUGCGGACAUACGAGGCUGGCGAAACUGAAGCUGUCGAAGCAAAGGAGGGCGAAGAGGCCGCUUUGAGACGGGUUUCAGAACUGGAAUUGCAACUCAAAGCCCAUGAUAAAGCACACCAGGAAGCCAGACUAGCCUUUGAGCGCGAGAUCGAAGCUUUGCAGCCUAAAGACGAAGAAGAGAAGUGGCAAUGCAGGAAAGAUGGCAUCACUCAGGACAUGCUUGACAGUGCUAUGGAAAACAGCCGAAGUCAAGUUUCAGUGAUUCAAAAAGCACAUAGUCAUUUACUCAAACGGUUCACAACCCUCCAAUCAGCAUACAUGGACCUCAGGGAAAUACAGGACAGCGGCGCGGAUGAAGCUCUUCUCAGCCAAGGCAUUCAGGCUACCAGACCCGGCCUCAGUCAGCCCAGCUACGGUAUUUCUGGAAGCCACACAUUUACCGAUUCAGAUGCUGAAGGCUCAUCAAGUAAACCCCCUCGGAAGAAAGCGGUGAAUUCCUUUGGUUCUAAGGGUUCCGAGUCGCGCAGUACGGGGUAUCAUUUCCAGUCUCCGCAGCCGUAUAACCCUGGCAAAACUAACACGUCGGAUGGUGAUACGACCUCUCUGGACACGCUAGGGAAUGUGAAGCCCAAGAUCAAGCCGCAGAGUGAGGUCCGGGUAUAUGGGCGAGGAGGUGUUCAAAAUAUAGGCAAGAAGGAUAAGGAGAAGAAGGAAAAGGAAAAGGCGAAAGAUGCCGUGAAAGACAAUACUGACGCGAAGAAAGACAAGAAAAGCGCGGGGAUCAGGGGAAUUAGGGGAUUUGUGUGA